CCGUUCUCCUCCAGGCACCCCCUCUUUUCGCCCUUCCCGCUCCUGGCUCUUGCGCUUCGAGAAUGUGUGAGGGUUGCACCCAGGGUUUCGGUAAGGGAACCACCCUCAGGCCAGCAUCGACCUUGGGACAUUUAUUGAAGAGACCUCUUUGUACAGGAGACAACACAAGGAGGGGAUCAGGACUUCUUUCCAUCUACGGGUACCAGACCCCGAGACGGACAAGCUUGAUGGUGAAGGCCAUAUUCCAGGGUUCUCUCCGCAUUUCACCUGCUGUGGAGUGAGGAAAAAGUCAAUGAACUCUGUAAUGACUUUGUGAUAGCCCUAUAUAAUUGCCUGCCUGAUAGACCAAGAUGAACAGCUGAGACCUGCUACUGAGCAGCGGACCACGAACCCGGGCCUUACUCCCCCAUACAGAGCGGUUCAGGCGGAGCUCUCAGUCCCCAGGGAAGCGUGGUCCCGGCAUCCGCUCUCCAGCAAGGAAAUGUUGCCGUGGCGACAGUGGCCGGGGGUGCUGUAUACCAGCCAUUGACAGUUGUCACCCCACAGGGACAGGUGGUGGCCCAGGCGCUCUCCCCCUCCCCCGCCAACAUCCGUCAUUCCAGAACUCCCAGUUACAGUUACAGCUCAGCCAAGAUUUGGGCCUUCUACACUCAGAUGACGGCUCUGGGAAGAACAAGCGCGGAGUCCUCCCUAAACAAGCCACCAACGUCAUGAGGUCCUGGCUCUUCCAGCACAUUGGGCAUCCGUACCCCACAGAGGAUGAGAAGAAGCAGAUUGCAGCUCAGACAAAUCUGACUUUACUUCAGGUCAACAACUGGUUUAUAAAUGCCAGGCGCAGAAUCCUCCAACCAAUGCUGGACUCCAGCGCCAGCGACACCCCAAAGACAAAGAAGAAGAGCGCCCAGAGCCGCCCCGUGCAGAGAUUCUGGCCGGACUCCAUCGCAGAGGGGCUUCUCCGCUGGUCUCAUUCUGGGGUUUCUUCCCUUACAGGUGCAGAAGUGACGCUGUCCUCUCCGAGCGUUCUAGGCACAGACAGUCUGCAGUCCCUGACCUCGGAUGGGGCCACGUUGGCAGUCCAGCAGGUGAUGUUGGGAGGACAGAGCGAUGACGAGUCUCUGGACACAGACCAGGAAGACACGGACACGGGGCUCAGUGCGGGGGAACUUAGGGGUCUGGUGCUGAGUGGAGGAGGACUGCAGUGA